GGUGAGCAGAGUACGCCAAACAUCAACGGUAGACACGCGCCACUCCAUUAUUAUUGUCCUCAGACCAUUCUCAUUACCACCUAAAUUAUUAAAAUGCGAUGAACAAUCACAGUUUUUCUUGCGGCUUUAUAAAUUAGGCAAAUAUGAUGCUUUCGCCAGUACUGUGGACAGCUGUUUUAUUUACUUUCGUAAAAGCCAGCAUCAUGCACAGCGGUGCAACUGAAUCACCAGAUGUGGAGAGCGGCUCGGGGAUGCUGCUGGCAGAACCAAUAGACCUUCUUGAUCAUCUGUGGCAGGUGGCUAAUCGCAGCAAUGCAUCAGUAACACAGGAAAGCCAAAGAUGUCCAGUCCUGCAUGUAGGCCAGUACUCCACCCUCUCUAUACCACUACGACAGGUGUUUGGACACAGGUUUGGUGAUGAGUUCAGUUUGCUGUUGCAUCUGCGUAGCUCCCAGUCUGAAGACUGCAGUGUGCUGACCUUCCUCUGCCCAGACGGACACAUUCUCCUGCAGAUUCGUAUUAGUGCCUACACCUUUACCUUCAUCAGCACCCAACAACGACACUAUGAGUUCCCCGUGGCAGUGCUGUCUGAUGGGGGUUGGCACCGCAUGGCGGUCAGUGUCUCCUCGGGCCGCUUGGCGUUGUAUGUGGAUUGCUCCAUGGUUGAGAGCGUGGACUGGGCAUAUAAGGACGGUUUGGGAAUCUCCACUGAUGGCCUGGUUAUGGUUGGUGGAAUCAUUGAGGGUUUUGAGACACCUUUUGAGGGUGAUCUGAUGCAAGUGGCCUUUCUGAUGGGAGAACCAGAUGCAGCUCGAGAUCAGUGUGCCGUUUUCCAAUCCCAGUGUGGCGGAACCGGACACAAACCACCUCGCUCUCCUCGCAUACACACUGAAGAGGAACUUCUGCUGUCCUCAAAUGACCUGGAGGACUUAUUAGAGUCAGCAGAGGACAGUGUCUAUUCUCGUGCAAAACUGACUGGUCUCAAUAGACGUGGGAUUAUACGUGGAGACGGUACUCUGCCUACUGGAUCCAAACGUCCUGGCUUUGUGGGGCGAGGUGAUGUGUUUGAGGUGGAUGAGGAUACAGACCUGGUAGACCAAAACAUCUUGUCCAAAAAUGGUGGUAAACCUUCCAAAACUUUCCCAACUGAAACUACAGGCAGCCGUGAUGGAAAGCCAGACUCCACAUCCAAACGUUUAGAUGAAAACAUCACCACUGACAAGCACAAACCUGGCAAAACUUCACCAAAGAAACCAGUGGAUACCAUAAUCAUCAACCUGGAUGUUCAGAUACCCGAGAAACCUACCGGAAGUAUUGUACCUAGUAGUGAAACUGAACUGGAAACCACCUCCAGUCCUGAGGAUCGAGAAUCCAACUUGUUAAAAGAGGAUUUGGGGGUCACCACACAGGCUCCUGUGAGAAAAACUUCUUGGGAGGGCAUCUCAAAGGGAAGUGGAAGAAAAACAUUAAAAACUCCAGAUAUCCCUAUAGGACCUGGCUGGGGAUCUGAGGAGCACCCAGGAACCGUUAUAUUUACAGAAAGGCAUGGAGAUCUUGUGCGUGGCUCUGAUGGGAAUAUGUAUCGCAUUCAAAGAGGACCCAUGGGGCCAGUGGGGCCCCAAGGUGAGCCUGGAUGUCCUGGGAGUGAUGGCUAUCCAGGACCCAAAGGUGAUAAGGGUUCCAUUGGGCUUAAGGGCCGUCCAGGUCGCCGUGGAGUCCCAGGACCUCCUGGGCCACCUGGGCUGCCCACAUUCUACCUGUGGAGAAACACACCUGAGGAAUGGGCUGCAUUUCAGCAAACUUCGUUCUUCCAGCUUCUCCGUGCAGGUUGGCCUAGAGCGCAAGGUCCGCCUGGUCCGGAAGGAGAGAUGGGGAAACCUGGGCCGCAGGGGCCACCUGGGGAGCCAGGUGAACAAGGACGUCCAGGACAUAUGGGAGACAUGGGUGACCGUGGCCCAAAAGGUGUGAUAGGCAGAGCAGGGGUCUUUGGAAAGGAUGGAGAAAAUGGGCUGGACGGGCCUCAGGGGCCUCUGGGGAUUCCAGGACCAAAGGGUCCUCUGGGCUAUAAAGGAGAACCAGGCUCACCUGGAGAGAAAGGAGAAGAGGGUAUUGCUGGACCAGAGGGUCCAUGUGGAGAUAUGGGAAAAGGCGGAGAGAAAGGUUCAAAAGGAGCACCUGGCUCUCCUGGUACUGUCGGCCCUCCUGGUCCACGAGGAAUGAGAGGGAUGGAGGGCCCUGAAGGUCAUCCAGGGCCAGAUGGGGAUGAUGGGAUGGAGGGACCACCAGGUCUUCCAGGUCCACCAGGAGCUCCUGGUUGGACAGGUGUGGUUGGUGCCCAGGGGCCUAAUGGCUCUCGUGGGGAGCCUGGGCCUCCAGGACCUGUUGGCCUUCUGGGACCACGGGGACCCCAGGGAUUAGAGGGACAGAUUGGACCGCCAGGACCAAGGGGCCUGCAGGGACUGUCAGGUCGGGAAGGUUUACCUGGUCCCAAAGGAGAACCUGGACCUGCAGGGCCAGUGGGCCUCAGAGGGGAGCCAGGAAUUGAUGGAUUAAUGGGAUUGCAAGGGAUUCCUGGAGAACGUGGUCAGGACGGACCCCCUGGAUCUAUGUUACCUCUCGGACUGGAAGGGCCACAGGGUCCAUCUGGUCCGUCAGGUUUGGAGGGACCUCCUGGAAGGAAAGGUGAUAAGGGGGACAGAGGUCCCUUUGGAAAACCUGGUCUUCAAGGACCAAAAGGAGACAUUGGCCCUCCAGGUGCUAAAGGUCCAAUGGGUCCACCAGGCCCAGCAGGCAGUGAGGGCGAUGCUGGUCCAGUUGGAGUUGCUGGUGAUCCCGGCCCUAAAGGAGAAAAGGGUGAUAUAGGCCUGCGAGGAUUUACUGGUUUAGAGGGACCAUGGGGAGAAGUGGGGGAGCAGGGAGAGAGGGGGCUCAAGGGAGACAAGGGGCAAAUCGGACUGCAGGGUGAGUCAGGCCUCAUGGGUGGUGUUGGACCUCCUGGCCUAAAAGGUGUAGAAGGUGGACCAGGCCAUCCAGGAUUGGUGGGGCCAGAUGGACCUCCAGGAAGCAAGGGGGAGGUUGGGCCGAGUGGUUUUCCUGGUGAGCCAGGAGAUGCUGGACCUGAGGGAAUUGCAGGUCGCAAAGGCGUGCGAGGUGAUGCAGGAAAAGCCGGGACACAGUUAGGUGUUGGCUCAGUAGGCCCCCAAGGUCUUUUUGGCCCUAAAGGUCUCCCAGGGCCUGAAGGGGAGAAAGGAAAUUCAGGAGAUAAAGGAGAACUAGGGGUGGAGGGGCCAGACGGCCUUCAAGGCAUUCAAGGACCACCGGGACUGCCUGGUUUAGAGGGUCUACAAGGUGAGGCAGGGGUACAUGGCUCACCAGGUCUGCCAGGAGCUCAGGGCCGCAUGGGUAACCCAGGACCUGAAGGAAGAGAAGGCAUGAAAGGAGAGAAGGGAGAUCAAGGCAAGGAUGGAGCACCUGGAAAAAUGGGUCACAUUGGACGGAGGGGUAAAAGAGGCAAGGCAGGGUUGAGGGGGACCAGAGGACCAAGAGGAGAAAAGGGAGAGAGGGGAGAUGUAGGAGAGAAAGGACUUCCUGGAUGGGGAGGAAGUAUGGGAAUCCAAGGGCUGAGAGGAGAGCCUGGGGAGCAAGGUGUCAAAGGAGCAGAGGGUGAGAAAGGAGAUCAAGGACCACUUGGUCCACCAGGGAAAGAUGGCUUGAAGGGGAGUAUGGGGCCUCUUGGUCCUCCUGGACCACCAGGAUCAAAGGGGGAUCAGGGAAAUAUUGGUCCUGCUGGGCCUAGAGGGGCACCUGGAAUACCUGGACUACCGGGCUUGUUUGGAGACAAGGGACCUAAGGGAUUUCAGGGGAAUCCUGGACCUCCUGGAAGGAGGGGCUUGGCAGGUCCACCGGGACCUCCAGGGCCUGCUGGCGUUUCUGUGAACCUGACCCUGACCCAGAUCAAGGACCUGAUGUACAGUUCAGACAAACCCAAUUACCCUCUGAUUCAGACACUGUUGGACUCUCUGUACCAUGACCUCCGGCUGCUGGUGGACCCUCCGGAUGGCAGCAAGCAGCACCCAGCAUCUACCUGUCUGGAGCUGUGGCUGUGCCAUCCCAACUACACCAGCGGAUUCUACUACAUUGACCCAAACCAAGGCAGUCCUUUAGAUGCUCUUUUGGCCUACUGUAACUUCUCAGAGUCAGGAGCAGAGACCUGCCUUCACCCCAGAGAUGCACACCUUCCCAUAAGCACUUGGCUGAAUGACUCAGGGAAUAACAGCAAGUUCUACUGGUUAAGUUCACUGGAGGGAGGUUUUAAAUUUGAGUAUCCAGCCCUCAGUGUGGUUCAGCUGCGGUUUCUACGGCUCCAGAGCAACAGAGCAGAACAGAGAGUAACGUACUCCUGUUACCCUGGACACCGACUGGGCCAGACACAGCGACAGGUCCAGUUCCUCACAGACGCCAUAAAGCAGAGCUAUUUAGGAGAACUGCAGGAUUGUGUGUCUGCAAAGGAAGUGGAUCCCGGACCGCGUGAGUCCAUGUUUCAGUUUGAAGACAUGGACCUGCUUCCUUUACGUGAUAUAGGAAUGUUGGGCAACAGCAGCCACGAGUUUGGCUUCACCAUCGGCCCUGUGUGCUUCAGCUAGAGACACCCUGAAUGAUAACGCUACAUCCUGUGCAUUUAACCUUAAAUACAAACACCAAAAAGAAGAAAACAGGACACUCUGAAGACACAUGCAGCAUCUACAGCUCGUGGUAAGGAAAUACGCUAAACAGAGUCCUGUCUAUCCCUGUGCUUCCAGACAAAUGGCCAAUAUCCUUUUUUGUUUACAGGGACUUUUGGCUUUGUAAUUAAUGUACUAUUUUUAUAAUAAUUGUAUUUGUUUUAGCAAUGUUUUUUAAUCACUAGCUGGACUUGUAAUAACAUUGUAGAAGAAGCUUGGAUCGUAUCAAGUGUAAUGACAGGGUUCUGACGUGACCACUAUGUGGUUGCAUGGUUUAAGUUUCAGCUGUUUACUAUUUAAUCGUGUACAAAUGGUUAUCAUGGAUUAACUGGUUAUUAUGCGUUAUUUAGGUGAGUGUAUGAAUGACACUUUUUCCCCUCUCUUUUAAGUGUCUAACUUGAAUUGUAGGACUGAUAGAAACAAAGCGUCCCAGUGAGGACACAGCUAACCUUCCCAUGAGGUUUGGAUAUCAGGAAGUCUGUGCUACCUUUCUGUUUUCUCUGUUCAUGUCAUGAUUUGGUUUCAGAAAUGGUCAUGUUACCUAAAUAUGUAUGUUAGAUGAUUUAUGGGUGCUAAUAUUUACAAUUCAUAGUAAAAGUUGUUUCAAAAAGAGAAGAAUAAUACAAACUGCAGCAAAGCUGGUUAAUAAAUGUGCAAGCAGUGAUCUGCAUUAUGGAUAUGAGACUGAAAGUCAGUACACAUGCAUAAAGUCAUAGAGACAAGUGUCCUUCAGUUCACAUUUACUGUAUGUAGGUCUCAGGGAGCACUUACAAAUAUGACAUAAAUAUAAAAAAAUACACAAAUGAUAUAGGUAAAAUAGGUUAAUAUGUUAAGAUUAAUCAAACAAAGCCAAAUACAAGUGUCGUUCAUCAUUAUCAUUUUAAAUCACAUUGAAUUUAGGCACAGGUGCUUUGUUUUGGAAAACUUUUUGUUCUAAAACAUUUUGUACUGUAUAUUGUGUUUUCUAUGUAUUUGUGGUGACAUCGAAAUCACAUGCUGGUCAUCUGUUUGAGCAUCAGCUAUAAA